CCUCUCUCUCUCUCUCUCUCUCUCUCUUGACGGUCCUCAAGACACACACAUAAUUAAUGUCUCUCGGUACAAGACUCAGACUCAUUUUUCUACUUUCUAUUCAUCACACCGUUGAGGUCAUUAAUUAUUCAUGAUAAAUAUUUUGAGCCAGUACCCUCUCGCUAUUCACCACAGCUUCUUCUUUCUCUCUCAGCAAUUUCCGUGUUCCAUCUGGAUAAUUGCUUCGGCUUUGCUUCCCCGUCACAAUAGUUUCUGAUCUGUUGACCUUCUUCUACUUAUUGUUCUUUAACUUCAGACUCUUUCUUGGCUUCUUCAACGCACUGUUAGAUCUAGCUUGCUUGCUUCUCUGGAUAUCCUUCCUUCUGCGUUUUUCUUUGUCUAUUAACAAUCUGUACGUUGUUCUUCAUCUUUAAUGAGUUUGUGCUCUUAAACCAUCAUUCCUGCUUGUAUAUGAUCUCUAGAGUCCCAUUAAUCAUUGUUGUUGUUGUUGUUUCAAGGAAAAAGCAGACAAUCUCUGUUCUCUGCUUGCAUAUCAUCUUUAAUUUAUCAAUUGUUGAUAUUCUAUGUCUUCAUUUAGCGUUGAGAGUUAAAAAAAGCAAAAAAAAAAAGGGGGGGGGGAGAGCCGAGAAGGAGAAGAAGGAGAAGGAGAAGGGAGCAAUUCCCAAUAAAAGCAAAGCGGCGGGAAAGGUGUUGAAACUCGAAAUCACAGGAUAAGAGAUUAAGAGAACAAGUCUCACUAUCUGUGCACAUAAUAGUUGAACAGUUGAUUAGAAGACAGGGUUUCAAGAACAAGGCCACUUCAACUAAAUCCUCCACACUUCUCCUUGUCUUUGACAAACCUUGUCAGGUAAGGAGGGGAAAAAAAAAAAAUCAAGGGAGCUCCUGGCCGGUGUGAAAAUCUUUGGAAAAGAUCAGAUGGGGGAGACCGCUGCCAAUGUUGCGACAACAUGUACGGAAAUAGUGGUCAAUUUAGGAAUGAAGGAACUUCCGUAUUUGUGUUGCUACAAUAGUUAUGCUGAAGACUUUGAAAGUACGAGAGGAAAGUUGUUAGCUGAAAUGAAGAGUGUGCACAAAGAAAUAGAAGAAGCCAAAACAAGAAAUGAAACUGAAGUUGAGCCUGUAGUUCAGCACUGGCUUAUAGAAGGGGAAAAGAUUAUUCAAAAAGACACCAAACCAAAUAAAUGGUUUGGUUUGUGUAUCAAUUGCUUUUCCCAAUAUCCGCGAGCCAAGGAGUUGGAGAGUGCGACAAUGAAAGAUAUUCCGAGACUACUUGAAGAGCGUAAGACCUUUCCUCGAAUUGCACGUUCAGCUGCAGCUCCAGGCAUGGCUUACUAUUCACAAGAUUUUAUGGAAUUUGAGAGCAGAAGGUUGAAAUUUAAUCGACUUAUAGCGGUGCUUAAAGAUGAAAACAAUCAUAUAAUUGGAUUGCAAGGGAUAGGAGGAUCGGGGAAAACCACAAUGGCAAUUCAAGCUGGGACACUAGUUGAAUCAAAACCCUUUGAUCAAGUCAUCUUCAUUAGUGUGUCUACUCCAAUGGAUGAAAAAAGGAUUCGAGAUGACAUUGCAAAGAAAUUGGGAUUGCCAUUAAAGGAAGAGAAGCAAUUAGAACACGCACAACAAAUAUGGACCAGGAUUACAAAUGCUGGAAAGAUACUCAUAAUACUUGAUGAUGUUUGGGAAAAGCUCGAUCUUAAGAAACUAGGGAUUCAGCCAAGCUUCCAUCACACGGGUACCUGCAAUGUUCUACUAACCACACGUUAUAAGAACGUUUGUACAAAGAUGGGAUGCCAAAAGAGUAUUCAGCUAGCUGCCUUACCUAAGAAUGAUGCAUUGGAUCUUUUCCUUUUUCAUGCUAUUAAAAAUGGUAAGGAUUGUCCUGAAGAUUCAAAGAAAGUGGCACUAGAUAUUGUGAAUGAGUGUGGAAGAUUACCAGUUAUAGUUGUAGCAGUGGCAAAAACCUUAAGAGACUUGCAUACAAAUGAAUGGGGUCAUGCUUUGACAGCAUUGAAAAGUAAUGAACCAUCAAGCCAUGAGAUUGAUGAUGAAGAUGCAAUGAGGUUUUAUAAUUCUUUGAAGUUAAGCUAUGCUUAUUUAAAAGAUGAAAAAGCUCAAGUUCUCUUCCUGUUGAGUGCUAUAUUUCCAAAAGCUUAUCAAAUACCUAUUGAGCUUUUAAGCAAAAUUGCUAUAGGUUUAAGGCUAUUUGGAGAAGUUGACAACUAUUGUACAGCAAGAAGUCAAGUGCACAUGGCUAAAAACAAACUCAUUAAUUCUUCUUUACUAUUGAAGGCUGGUGAAGAACGUGUAAAGAUGCAUGAUGUAAUUCGAAAAGUAGCCAUGGAGAUUGCAAACAAAGAGAUUCAAGUAAUCGAGGAUUCUAAGAAAAAAUUGAAGGAGAAUAUGAAAUAUUCAUCUUGGAUCAUAGAUGACUUUUCGAAUUGUUUUGAUGGAAGCAAACUUGAGGUUCUCUUAAUAUGGAUCAAUGAAAUUGGUUCUUUGAAAGUUCCAAGUGGAUUCUUUAGAAGUAUGAAGAGUCUUAGGGUGUUGUUUUUAUUUUCUAAGAUUGAGUUUGGGAGAACUUCAGCUCUGUCAUUGCUAAAAUCAAUUCAAUUACUAGAAAAUAUCAUAACCCUAUCUCUUACCAAUUGGGAAUUAGGUGAUAUAUCUCUGCUGAAAAAUUUACAAAUGCUGGAAAUUCUUGAAUUGAUUAAUUGCUCAAUAAUUGAACUGCCAAAUGGAGUUAGUGAGUUGAAAAAAUUAAGAUUUCUAGGCUUGAUACAUUGCUCGAUCGAAGGGAAUAAUCCAUUUGAAGUGAUUGCAAGAUGCUCACAACUAGAAGAAUUGUAUUAUGUUUUGAAUGAGGAUCAUAUGCUCAAGGAUGAAGAGGUUUCUCAAAUUACAUUUCUUCCAGAAUAUCAAAGAUAUCAUAUAGAUGGUGGUGACUUCUCUGAUUUCUAUUCUCUUCAAUUGGAUGCUUCAAUAAAAAAAAGUUUCAAGCCAGCAAAGUUACAAAGAAUAUUCUCUAAAGAAAUGAUUAAAUCAUUGGCAGCAAGAGUAGAGAUUCUAGAGUUAAAAGGAGAUAUUGAAAUGGGUCAGAAUAGUCUUAUUCCUGGCAUUGUUUCAAUGGAACAUGGAGCUAUGAAUGACGUAAUCAAGCUUUCAUUGACAUCUUGGUCUGAAAUAAAGUGUUUGGGCCAUGCUGAGAAUCCUCAACUUAAAUCUAGUGUGAAUGUCUUCUCCAAGUUAGUUGAAUUGCAACUUGUUAAGGUGGAUAUAAGCGAAAUAUGUUGUGGCCGUUAUCCUGCCGGCUUUCUCAAGCAACUAGAGAAGCUGGAGUUAAAGGAUUGUCAAAUGUUAGAAAGCACAUUAUUUAAGGGCGAGCUAGAGUUGGGUAACCUAAAGUCGAUAGAAAUAAACAAUUGUUCCAUGGCAUGCAUUUUUCAUCUGUCUAUUGCUCAGACUCUAAAGCAACUAGCAACAUUGAAGAUAAAAAGAUGUUCUGAGCUGAAAUGCAUAUUAAGGGACGAGGGAUCAUCAAUAGAGGAGAAAGUGGAUGAUAAGGAAUCUAAUCCAAAGAGUAGUCAUGAAUCAAUGUUUCCCAAAUUGAAACUCCUCCAUGUCACAAGGUGCAAAGAAUUGGAAUUCAUAUUUCCAGUUUGUUUGUGCGAAGAUCUUCCAUUACUAGAAAGUGUGAAGAUUUCAGAAUGUGACAACAUAAAAUACAUAUUUGGGCAAUAUCCAAGAGAGGGAGAGUUGUAUCAAAUGCAAAAAGAAAUCAUACUACGUUCAUUGAAAGCAAUGUCUAUUGAGGAUGUUCCAGAAUUUGUGGAUAUAUAUCCAGAAUGUCGUCUCCCAAAAAAAUCAAUAGCAAAUACAAGUGAGGUGUCAAAAGUAAAAGACAAGAGUCCGAGUCGCAAUGUAGCUUGGGGUCCUUUAUGUUGUUUUCUGCCAAAAUCCAGCACUUCAAAUAAAGAUGAUAUAUCUAUGUCCAAGGCAACUCAGUCUGAUUCCACUACUUCCCAGGAAUUAAAGGAGGAGAAAUAUGUUGGAAAUGCAGCUUACGGAAUUUUUACUCCACCAUUAUACCCAUUCACUUUAAGGGAGAUGAAGAUAGGAGGUAUUACCAAGUUAACAUCAUUGUUUACUGUAUCCAUUGCCUCAUCGUUGAAAUCAUUGGAAAAAUUAGAAGUCAGGCGGUGUGAUACACUAGAGCAUAUUGUAACUGACGAGAGGCAUUAUGGUCAUGAUGAUGAUAUGAAUGCCAACUCCAUCUUUCCUAACUUACACUCUAUUGAAAUCUAUAGAUGUGACAAGUUGAAAUCUAUAUUUCCAGCUUCUUGUUCUACAAGCCUUGUGCACUUGCAAUCUGUGCUUAUCGAGGAGGCUCGUGAGUUGAAAUAUAUGUUUGGAAAAUCUUAUGGUGAUGAUAAUUCACUUGAUUACCACAAUCAUGAUGUUGAGAUUCAUCUCCUAGCUCUGACCAAACUAUGCCUGAAAGGAGUACCAAAUAUGGUCCGUGUGUGCCCUGAACACUAUUAUGUGACAGCGUUCUCCCUGAAUGAUAUCUCUUUUGGAUUAGGAUGCCCACAACUUGCUAUAACAUCUCUUACAGAUUUGUCUGUCGGUGGGCAUAAAGGACAAGAACAACUCUCAAGAAAAGAGGUAAUUGGGAUGCGCAUGUGCAGUUUGAAACAUCUUGCUUUAGCUUCCUUGGACUUGGAAGUAAUUUUUUAUCAAAGACUUGAAAUUGCAAGUCUUGUGAAUUCAUGUUUGGAAACCCUGAGUUUGGAUGACUUGGAUAACUUAAAGAACAUAUGUGUUGGACCAAAGAACUAUCUGAGGUUUCAAAAUCUUUUCAAGCUAACAAUUAAUGAUUGCAACCAAUUGAAAUUUAUCUUGCCUUCAUCUAUCUCGAGAAGCCUCCCAUAUUUGAGACACUUAGAGGUAUCAGAUUGUGAAGAGUUAGAGCGCAUCAUUGAGGAUGAUGAUGAUGAUGAUGAUGAUCCGCAUCAUCAAGAAUGUUUUUUCCCAAAUCUACAUAGGAUUAUUGUGACAGAUUGUGAGAUGUUAAAAUGUUUAUUCUCUCUCGCCACAAGUGGUAGGCUUCCACAGCUCUCCAUGUUGAUGAUAAAUGAUGCUAUAAAGCUUGAGCAAGUAUUUGGAUGGAAGCAGGGGACAACAGAAAAGCUGGUCAUCAAGGACUAUUUCCCAAAACUCUUUGUGAUAGUCCUUAAUAAUCUUCCAAACCUUCAUUAUAUCUGCCCUGGAAUUGAUUUCCAGACAGUGAUAUACCGUCAUGUGGAGAAUUGUCCCAAGAUCUCUUUAACCUCAAUUAAUUUUGAUUUCGCUGAAGGAUAUGAGGACUGGUUUCGAAAUUCUGAGAGUGAAAAGGGCAAUAUGGAUGUAGAUAAUCUUUUCGAACAAUUUCUUGAGAGGUUAAGAGAAGUGUCAGAGAAGGCUAUAAAGAGGGAUUGGCUAAGAGUAGACCAAGAUAAUGGUUCCCCAAAUUUGCAGAUUAAGAAAAUAGCAGAGGCAAGUGUUCAAGAAAGUCCAAAGUCAGAGGAAGCUGUAAAAGCUGAUGAAAUCAAUGAUUCAGAAGAAUGCAACAAACUAGCACCGUUUGCUAUUCCUACACAAAUUGAAUCUCUACAAAGUGAAAGAGGACUUGAUUUGCAUCCUAAAGAGCAACAAUCAAAGCCAUCAAAUUCUUCCUCCCAUAAAGCAUCUGCUCAAGAUAAUUUGGUUCGUAAAGAGGGUAAGGGAAAGAGAAUCACACCAGAUCAAGAAGCACUACCAAAAGCAGAACCGGAUAUGCAUCCUGAUGAUUCACAAAAGUUAAUUGAUGACAAUAAUAAUCCCGAAGCAAGUGUUGGUGAAGGUCUUCAACCUGAGAAAUAUGACAAAGCAAGUUCAACAACUCCUUCUGAUCCAGAAGUGGCAUGUAGAAAGGAAUCAAUGCAUGAUCAAGAAGCACUUGAAGAAAGUAUGAUGGCCAAUGAAGCUCCAAAUCAAAGACCUCAAAUGGCAACUUCAGCUUCUCACAGAGAGCCAGCUGGUAGCUUACAAUCAGACAUGGAUAUUUCAAACGUUAUUGAAUUGGCACAAGAAACAAUGAUUCCAAGUGUUCAAGAAGGUUCUAAAUUAGAUGAAGCUAUUGAAGCAAAUCAAAUCAUGAAUCCAGAAUCAAGCAAGCCAUCGCCAACAGAAUAUGCUACUCCUUCACAUGAUUAUUUGAUUCCCAAGGAGGGAAAGGUUGAGAGAAUCACACUGGAUCACCAAGCACUACCUCAAAUAGAACCUGAUAUGCAUGCUGAUGACUCAGAAAAGGUCUCUUCAAUAUCUAAUGAUUUGAAACCUCAAAAUAUUACUUCAACUCUUCAAGCAGAUCCAAGCGGUUCAAAAUUAAAACCAUCAGACAUUUCCUCUAAAACAACAUCUGCACAGGGUCCAAUCUUGUUGAAUCAAGCAGAGACUUGCACUGAAGAAGAUGAUCUUAUUAGAUUGCUUCGCAUGAUGAAGGAAGGAGCUCAUGACAACGAAGUUGAAAUGCCUUGUGUUCCUGAAAUUGCUGCUUUUGAUGAUAACAAAUUGAGUGAGGCCGUUGCAAACUUAGAGUCCUCAUUGAAGAUGGAUCUGAAUCAGAUAGCCAUCUCAGAAGAACACAUUCAUCGUCUUGAGAAUGCCCUCACCUUCCUCUCCACCUACUGUUCUGAUAACGGACCUCUCUUUCACGGCCUUAGACUCAAAAUAGACUCUCUCCACCAAGAAAUCAAAACUACCUUGUCUUCCUUCAAGCAAGCUUCUGCUACAAUUUACACACUCAACAAGCUUGAAGAAAAAGAGAAGCUAAUAGAUGAAAAAUAUUCCCAACAAAUGGAGGCAGCCACUACUCUUGUCUCUGAAAUUUCCAACACCAAGAAGAGUAUGGCUGAGUUGAAGGAGGAGAUCUCUAAGUUGCAAGUUGAACUGAAUAGCAAAGACAAGGAAUUCAAAGACAGUGAGGUCAAACUCUCAUCUCUUGAACAGCAAAAGGAGGAGCAAAUUUCAGACACCAUGCGAUUGAUGGAGGAGUACGAGGUUGUGAAGAAAGACAAGUCACGUGUGGUGGAAGGCCAAACAAAAGCAAGGAAAGAAGUAGAGAAAGUGAAGAAUGAUUGGCCUUCUUGUGUGGCCAAUUUGAGGAAAACUACACAUCUGUUGGCAAUCCUUCUUAAACGGAAGCUUUAAAGUUCUGGAGAUCACCGCUACUCAAAAGUAUUGUUAUUAUGCUGAUUUUCACUUUAAUUUGUUCACUAUGUACAGGUUGAGUUGGAUAAACGUUUGUUGAGGAAUCGAUGCCAGUACCUCUUUUUAGCUCUUAAAUCAGCUUUAUGGACUCUGUCAUGAGUAGCCAGCCACAAAAAUGCUUUGAUUUUCUAUGGUCU